AUGACGUGUGAAGAAUUCCGAAAACGAAAGGAAUCCAGCAGAGUAACAACUUUACCAUCGACUUCUAGCAAGUCCAAGAGAUCAAAAUCAAGCAAAGCCAAUUCAACAGAAAAAGUUAAGAUUCAAGUUGGCAUUAAGGAGUUUAGCGAAUUGGACUCUACUCUCAAGGUACUGAAAGGAAGAGCUCUCCCAAUUGCUGUUGACCCAUGCAUCAAUGCAAAUGGACUACUUCAAGAGGCACUUACUAAACACUCCAAACAUUUUCGCUCUUUUAACGGAAAUAUCAACAAAUAUGUUUUAUUACACCCAGAUAAUACAGUUGUGAAUCUCCUGCCAGGAUCGUCUCAGUUGUUUUCCCUCAAAGACUACAAAAAGGACAUGGGAAAGCCUUAUUCAAAAAUGGCACUUCAUUUAUGCAAAUUAGAAUGUGUACAAAAGUCAGAAGCAGAAUCGGCGAAAUCCGACGAUGAUUUAGCUGGUCCUGAAGAAUACAUCAAUUUUACAUCACACUUUGGGCAGGUUGACAGUGAAUGCGAAAUCUUGUCGGCUAACUUUCCAAAUAACACCCAGUCUAUCAUACCAUUUCUUUGUAAUUCAGAUGCUUCAGCAGAUACAGUCCAAAAUCAGUCUCUUGAACACAAAGAAGUCAGAGCGACAUGCCCCACGUGCUAUUUGGAUUUUCCUAUACGUGAAAUUGAAGCACACGCUGAUGUUUGUGCAGAGCAGUUUGACCCUGUUGGUACCGUAAACGUGGAAUUAGAGUCCGAGACGCUAGACGCCCAAGACGAAAUAGUACGUGAGCAAGUGGCUACGAUUGAUGAUGGAAGUGGCAAGUUGGAAAAAAUUAAGGAAGUAGUCUCCAAUUUACGUCAGUAUGUCGACAUGGAGAACAUCAAUAGGAUUUCUAUCAGGAGAAGAUAUGCAUAUCUUGCUGCAGUCGCACGCCAAAAAAAGAGAAGACGAUUCAACCAGAACGGCAUGCUUAAGGUCACAUUCAUUGGCGAACCAGCGGUUGAUGACGGAGGACCUCGGCGCGAAUUUUUUUCAGGUGUGUACAUAUAAGCGUGAAAUUUAGGCGGGGAUCAAACGUUUGACUGCGAAACUAACAAUGUAUAUUACAAAACCUUGUUGGUUAGUUAAAUUUGUACAUAUUAUUUCUAAACAAAUGGUGAGCAUGAAUAAUAAUUACAAUAUUUUCUACGAUUUAACUUCAAAUUCACUUUUUGCAACAGAGGCACUGGAACAAAUGGGUAGGAGACUCUUCCAUGACGGUUUUCCAGUUGUUAAUAUGGCCGCCCUUGCAAACGAAGAGUUCAAAGUAGCUGGGGAAAUUAUGGCCAGCUCUGUUGUUCAAGGUGGUCCAGCGCCAAGUUUCCUCAGCACGUCAUCAUUCGCAUAUAUCGUGCAUGGUGUUUCAAGCACUAAGGCUGAUGAUGCAAACGAUAUCGUGGAAGAUGCCUGUCUAAAGGAAGCCAUACAAAAGCUUUACAGUUGUAUUUUAUACGCAUGGCUGUCUAACGUAUUAUAUCCAAUUUCGUAG